AUGGAUAACUCGGCCAAGAUGGCACCACAAACCUCGCUGUUCCAGGUGUAUCUACGCCUUCGCCCGCCAUUCCAACUCCCGCAGACAAAGCAAAAAUCUGAACCGUGGCUCAUCGUGGAACCGCCGAGUUCGCCGGCCGAUAGCGAUGCAGCUCCAGGCAAUCCCUUCUCAAGCCACAUAACGCUGCAACCUCCCAAUGACUCGAGAAAGCGCGCAAUCGAAAGAUUCGGGUUUACCAAGGUGUUCCAGGAAGAGGCGACACAAUUAGACAUAUUCGAUGAGACUGGUGUCGCAGAUACAGUCAAGAGCGUGCUGCAGACUGGAAGAGAUGGUCUUGUUGCUACACUGGGAGUCACAGGCAGUGGGAAGAGCCAUACGAUCCUGGGAUCCAAGUCUCAGCGAGGACUCACACAGAUGACUCUCGACCUUCUCUUCAGAUCAAUUGGCGAGCACAUACGUCGACCGCACCACCCAGAUCUCCCCACGGAUACCAGUCUCCUGUCCUCUCUCCAGUCGUCUGACCCCACAGAGGCCCAGAUCUGGUCGGCCACCACUUUCCUUGAGUCAAUCUACAGCGAUGGCGACCGAGCCAGACUAUCACGAGCGCAGACGCCCAUGUCAAGAGCUCAAACCCCCAUGAUGGUAGGCAUUAGCAAGAAUGAGCUUCCCGGCUCCUUUCCCGCAUCUCCCCGAACCCACACACAUACCAGCUCUGUGGAAAACCCAUCGCCGUUAGCAUUCGUGCCAGACCACUUCACCGGUAGUUCUCUGUCGACCGUGCAUUUGCUGCCGAGUGUGUCUGAGACGGUUCCUUCGCCCGAGAAGGAACCCUGGCGGCCGCCGUCCAAAGUCCCGUUUUUGAGUCGUUUGAGAAGCUUGAAGAAGUCACCUGCUAAAUCUAUGGUCGUAAAGGAAUCUAUCGGCCACCCUGUCCGAAGGCCUCCUCUGCCUCGACCGUCCACAUUCCCACAGAUUCCUGACAUCGGAGCCUUUACUGUGAACAUCGAACAACAAGCCGAGUACGUUGUCCUCGUCUCCAUGUAUGAGGUAUACAACGAUCGCAUUUUCGACCUGCUGUCGAAUCCCACAUCGCCGAAUGCACCCCCCACUUCCACCCAGCGAGGAGCGGCACUCCAAAGGGGCUUACUCCGGCGUCCACUGCUGUUUAAGAAUACCGAAAUGUCUCCAGACAUGAAAGUUGUUGCUGGGCUCCGGAAAGUUGUGUGUGGAAGCUACGAUGAAGCAAUGAUGGUUCUUGAGACGGGUCUCACCGAGAGAAGAGUCGCAGGAACGGGAAGCAACAGCGUCAGCUCCAGGAGUCAUGGCUUCUUUUGUAUCGAAGUGAAGAGGCGAGCGAGGACAAACUACAAUGAUGGGUAUUUGAUGGCCUGUCAUUCUCCCUGGACGGGUGGAACCAUGACUAUCUGUGAUCUGGCCGGCUCCGAACGUGCUCGCAACGCCAAAACUACCGGAUCGACACUGGCGGAAGCAGGAAAGAUCAACGAGAGCUUGAUGUACCUUGGGCAGUGUCUUCAAGUCAUCAACGACUGCCAACAGGAAGGGAGCAAGCCUAUCGUUCCCUUUCGGCAGUGCAAGCUUACCGAGCUCCUAUUUUCCAACUCGUUCCCCUCGUCCAACCAUGCUGCCCCGUACAAACCACCGCAGAAGGGUGUGAUGAUUGUGACAGCUGAUCCUCUGGGAGACUUCAAUGCCACGAGUCAGAUUCUGAGAUACGCAGCCAUGGCUCGAGAGGUGACCGUGCCUAGGGUUCCUAGUGUGACCAGCACGAUUUUGGCGGGGGCUCAAGGCAAAGCACUUCCAACUGGCCGGUGCACUCCACAAGAUGUUGCCAAUACGUAUUUCAUCACCAGAGAACUGGAACAGGCAACCCAUGAGGCUGCGAGACUAGCCGAGGAAUGCGAUUUCCUGGCUGUCAAACUCGCAGAAGAAGAAAUCAAGCGCACCGAGGCAGAACUCAAGCUGCAGGCCGCGGAAGAGAAGCUCGCGGUUAUGGAGCAAGAAGUCCGCGAGGAAUGCUGGACAGAGAUGGAGGAACGAUUGGACGAAGAGAGAGAAAGAUGGAGAGGGGCAUGGGAGCAGGAGAGACUGAGAGGGGAGGAGUACGUGGAUGGCAAGCUCGAAAUCCUCGAGAAAACCGCAAAGAUCACGAUCCACGAGGAUGCUCCUGGUGAUACCAGGAUCGAAGAGCUCGCGAGAGAAAACGAAAGCCUGAGAGCCAAAUUGCGAGCUCUGCAACAGGAGCUUCAAACAAAAAGCCCAACCAAGAAAUCGCGAGGCACGACCGCGGCCAAGUCGCCUGUGAAAGGAUUGGUCUUGCAAGAAUCGUCCAACAUGAAUAUUGCGACCAACCCUUUUCUGGCUUCGCUGAGAGCAUCGACCAAAGACAGAGACAGCGACGCAACACUCAAGCCCAGGAAGAGCGACGAUGGGCUGGACAUAUGUGAUGUUUCGCCACGGAAGCUGUCGUUGAGGAGCUCGAGUGUAACGAGGAUCUCGGUGCUGGAAGAGUCACAGUCCACCGCUGCUCCUGUUGUGAAGAAGCAGCGCAAAUUGACGACGCGCAAGUGGGAUCUUGGGGACCCGGAUGACCUUUAA